AUGGCAUAUAUAGCGCCAGUACAUCUACCAACGAGUAUUCGCCAUGCGAUCCGGCUCCAAUUCAGCUCCCCGGACCACGAAGACUUGAUUGUCGCUAAGGCGAAUCGACUCGAAAUAUGGCGCGUCACGAGGGAAGACAUGACUUGCCUGCACACUAAAGUUGUGCACGGAACGAUAUGCAUGCUGCAACGUUUGCGACCGAAAGAUGCCAACACCGAUCUCCUGUUUGUCGGGACCGAGCGACUACAGUACUUUAACGUAUCCUGGAAUUCUCAAAGGAACGAAAUGGAACUUACCCAUGAAACAAUACACGACACCGCCGAGCCGUACAUGCGCGAAUCGCAAAGCCAGAACAAGUGCUUGGUGGAUCCCACUGCCAAAUACAUGGUGAUGCAUCUGUGGGAGGGGGUGCUCAAUGUGUUCCGCCUGCCAGCUCGGCGCGGCGUCUCAGACAAGCUCGAAGAGAUGGACCAGAUUCGGCUGACGGAGCUAUGGAUGAAGGACAGCGCAUUCAUCCACAGCCGUACAGGCCAUCCACGCAUCGCCUUUCUCUACAAGACGCAGCUGGACGAGGAGGAAGCUCGCGUCGCCGUUUACAGGCUAACAAAGGACGACAAGGGGAGUGACGUCUCGAAAUUUGAUCCACACAAAGAUCGAGAGCUAGACCAAGUCAUCGCGGACCCAUGCGCGUCAAUGCUUAUUCCUGUACCGGUCGCCGAGGAAAAACGAUACCAUGUGCGAAACAAUGAGGGCACAAGGGCGCACCUGGGAGGUCUGCUGGUCGUUGGUGAGACUCUUUUGACGUAUUUCGACAGCUUGACAUACUCUAGCGUGUCGUCGGUGCUUGACGAGCCUAAGAUCUACGUCGCUUGGGCCAUGUAUGACGAAACUCACUACUUCCUCGCCGACGACUACGGACGUCUUGACUUGUUGACGCUACAAACUCAUUCAGAGCAAACUGGAGUCGUUGUUAAUCGCAUGACUGUCGAGCCUCUCAAGUUUCCGGAUUCUAAGAACCUGACCUCUCGCGCGUCCAGUCUUGUAUAUAUGGGCGGCGGAAUGCUCGUCGUGGCCUCCCACCACGGCGAUUCGCAGCUUCUGCAGAUCGAUAUCGACUCUCGGACCAUGCAUCCAAUCAAGCUUCUCUCCAACAAUGGUCCAAUUCUGGACUUUGCAAUCAUGGAUAUGGGCAACAGAGACGGUGAUAAUUUACAAGGCAACCUGUUUUCGUCCGGUCAAGCCAGAAUCGUUGCUGGGUGCGGUGCCUACAGAGACGGAUCAUUGCGGAGCAUCCGAAGCGGUGUUGGGCUGGAAGACCUCGGUAUACUCGAGGAGAUCAAAAACACAAGGCGACUGUUCACGAUCAAAUCGCGCCGCUCAAAGAAAGUCGAUACGCUUGUUGCCUGUUAUAUUUUAGACACCCGAGUUUUCCUCUUUGGUGCAGAUGGAGACAUCCAGGAAGUGAACAACUUCCCUGGUCUCAAUCUGCGCGUGGAGUCUUUGCUGGUUGUCAAUCUGCCUAACGGGCGUCUCCUCCAAGUCACGAGAAUGGAUGUCACGAUAAAAGACCCCAACGAGCAGGCGAAGGCACUGAGAUGGGUGGCUCCCGGCGCGAACAUCACAUCCGCCUCCUGCAAUGGGAAAUGGAUACUCCUUUGCGUGGAUGGAUCUAAAAUUGUCUCGUUGAAUAUCGACAAAAACUUGGAAGCUUGUGUGCAACAGUACCAAGGAGCCGAUGACUCGAAUCAGUCCAACCAAGUUUCUUGUCUACAUGCUUCGACAACCUUCCAAGAUUACGGCGUUAUUGGAUGGUGGUACCCUGGCAGGAUUACAAUCAUCGAUCUUGCCACACUCAGCGCCAAGCAUGUCGAAACCCUCCAGCAAACUACGGAUGCCGCCUCAGUGCCCCGCGACAUAUCCCUAGUACAGCUUCACCCACGUCAUGCAUCUGGUCCCACACUCCUGGUUGCUUUAGAGGAUGGGACAGUCAUCACCUUCAAUGUCUCCGAGGAUCUCACGUUAUCAGGCAAAAAGCGCGUCACGCUGGGAAGCAGCCCUGCGUGUCUCCAUGUUCUCCCCGAAGCCGACGGCACUAGCAAAAUCUUUGCCACAACCGAGAAUGCGAGUCUGAUAUACAGUUCUGAAGGUCGCAUCAUCUACUCGGCCACAACGGCUGACGAUGCCACCUGUGUCGUACCGUUUGAUUCAGAGGCAUUCCCCAAUUCCAUACUGCUCUCUACAGACAAGCAUGUGCGUCUUUGUCACAUUGAUAAAGAGCGGCUUACACAUGUCAAGUCGUUGCCAGUAUACGAGACCGUCCGUCGAGUUGCUUACGCCCCUGGGGUCAAGGCAUUCGCCCUUGGCUGUAUCAAGAAGGAGCUCAUUCGCAAUGAAGAAGUCAUCACAAGCUCAGUGAAGCUAGUGGACGAAAUCAUAUUCCAAGAACUGGGCGCCCCGCUACAGCUCAACGCCUCGAGUACACUAGAAAUGGUGGAGAGUGUCAUUCGCGCUGAGCUUCCCGAUCAUACCGGUGCUCUUGUGGAGCGCUUCAUUGUUGGGACAAGCUUCAUCACUGACGCAGAUGUCGGUGAGGCUAGUGAGACUCGUGGUCGGAUAUUGGUCUUGGGAGUGGACGAGGAGCGCCAGCUGUACACCAUCGUGACACACAAUCUAAAGGGCGCAUGCCGCUGCCUGAGUGUCCUAGACGAGUAUAUUGUUGCCGGUCUUUCCAAGACAGUCGUUGUUUACAGAUACACGGAAGAAACCAGCACCGAAGGCUCUCUGCAGAAGCUCGCGGCUUACCGCCCGGCUUCAUUCCCAGUGGCUCUAGAUGUCUCGGGGAAUAUGAUUGGCGUUGGCGACCUGAUGCAGUCGUUAUCACUAGUGGAGUUCACGCCGCCAAAGGAUGGCGAGCCCGCCAAGCUACAGGAAAAAGCCAGACAUUUUCAAUCGGCAUGGGCUACUUCAGUGUGUCACUUGGAUGGGGAGCGAUGGUUGGAGACGGAUGCCCAGGGUAACAUCAUGGUGCUGGCUCGCAAUCCUGAAGCGCCCACCGAGCAGGACCGCGGCCGUCUCGAAAUCACGAGUGAAAUGAAUCUCGGCGAACAAAUCAACAAGAUCCGAAAGCUAAAUGUUGCGCCGGCUGACAAUGCUGUCGUAUCGCCAAAAGCGUUCCUUGCCUCUAUUGAGGGCACGCUAUACCUAUAUGGCGAUAUUGCGCCAAAAUACCAGGAUCUGCUCAUUACCCUGCAAUCAAACAUAGAGCAGUACGUCAAGACGACGGGCGAUAUUAGCUUCAAUGCCUGGAGGUCAUUUCGCAACCAGACGCGAGAAGCAGACGGCCCGUUCCGAUUUGUUGACGGCGAAAUGGUGGAGAGAUUCCUCGACCUGGACGAGCUCACUCAAGUCGAGCUCUGCAAGGAUCUCGGCCCGAGCGUGGAGGACGUACGGAACAUGAUUGAGGAGUUGCGCAGAAUGCAUUAA